GCAAUUCUAACGAGCUGUUAUUGUUGUGCCAUCAAGUUACGGUGGUUCACUGACGGUGUUGGUACAAAAUCUUAGCGGUUGUCGUUAACAAAUAAACAGCUGUUUAUGUAGAAUUAGGCAACUGAAACCGUUUGCCUGAGAACAUUGUGACACCCCGCAGACACUCGUCCCGCAGACCCGUUGGACCCACUGUCCUCGAUGGUCGUUUUUUCUCCUGCUUAUCUUUUGUCCAAUUCCAAAGGUUCUCUGUGUUGUGCCUAUCGGAGUCUAUCUGCUGUUGUUACAUUCAAGAGCAACAAUGUCACGUUGGAAGGAUAUGAAUAAGGAUGAGCUAGAGAGGCAGUUUUCGCCCAGCCAGUGGUCGCCCAGAAUGUCGGCAGACGACGUUAUCAAAUCCCACGUGACGGCGCUCAAAGAAGGUACGGAGCGUGCCCGUGGCCUGGCCCAGACCCUCCUCAACGUUCCCUAUGGAGAAGGAGAGGGGGAGAAACUAGACGUCUAUGUUCCCACCACCACUUCUCUAGAUGUCCCACUGGUGAUCUACCUCCAUGGAGGCUACUGGCAGUUCCUUAGUAAGGAGGAGUCCGGGUUUAUGGCCGUCCCAUUGGUCCAUAAGGGCGUCGUGGUGGUCGCCGUGGGUUACGACAUCGCUCCCAAAGGGAACAUGGAUGUGAUGGUGUCUCAGGUGCGGAGGAGUGUGGUGUCCGUCAUUCAACAGUAUUCACACAUUAGUGGUCUGUACCUGUGUGGCCACUCUGCGGGGGCCCACCUGGCUGCUAUGAUCCUCUCUACAGACUGGUCUCAGUACAGUGUGACCCCUCAGAUCAAAGGUGCGUUCCUGGUCAGUGGUAUAUAUGACCUCCUGCCCAUCCUGUCCACCUAUGUCAACGAGCCUCUGAAGAUGACAGAAGAGGUGGCUCUGAGGAACAGUCCUAGUCAGCUGGUUCCGCAGCUCAAACUCUCCUCCUCCGACUGUGAUAUCGUGGUUGCCGUGGCGCAGAACGACUCGCCAGAGUUCCGGAAGCAGUCGGAGGACUACUACAAAGCUCUGGAGUCAACAGAAGGACUGAAGGUAACAUUGGAGGACGUUCCAAACACAGAUCACUUUAACAUCAUCGAGCAGCUAGUCGACGGAGACUACCACCUCACUCAGCUGCUGUUAAAGAUGAUGGGGAAGAGCUAAAGAGAUACAGGGACACUGGCCAAUCAUUGAAGAGAUACAGGAACACCAGACAAUCAUUGAAGAGAUACAG